AUUCACUCUCUCUUUUCGAGAUUAUAUAUAUACCAAAACCACAAUGAAUCGGAUCCUAAAAUAUUACGAACAAAAUCUCAGUUACCCAAUAUAUACACAUAAUACAAGGAAAAAAAAAACCAAAAGCCCAGUCUUGAGCCUUGAGGUAGGGACCUCAUAACAUAAGCAUAGCAUCAUAUUCACAUUCGUCUGUGUAUAUAUGUCUGGAAACUUUGGAUUUGGUUGCAGAGAUUCCUGACUGAGGAAUUGAUUCUGAUUCCAUAUCUUCUUUUUAGAUAUAUAUAAAUAAAUACAGUUGGAGCUACACUCGCUUCUUCAAGUGUAAAGGUGCGCUGUAUUGAGUUACUCAGGAACGCAUUUGAAGAAUCAUGAAUGCGUUAGCCGCAACCAACAGAAACUUUAAGCUGGCAGCUCGGCUUCUGGGUUUGGAUUCAAAGCUUGAGAAGAGUCUGCUAAUUCCAUUUAGGGAAAUCAAGGUUGAGUGUACCAUACCGAAAGAUGAUGGCACCUUGGCAUCAUUUGUGGGGUUCAGGGUUCAGCAUGACAAUGCUAGAGGUCCAAUGAAAGGAGGAAUAAGAUACCACCCUGAGGUAGACCCAGACGAGGUGAAUGCUUUGGCGCAACUCAUGACAUGGAAGACUGCAGUAGCUAACAUACCAUAUGGUGGAGCCAAGGGAGGGAUAGGAUGUAAUCCAGGGGAUUUGAGCUUCUCUGAGCUAGAAAGACUUACUCGAGUUUUCACACAAAAGAUACAUGAUCUGAUUGGAGUCCACACAGAUGUUCCGGCGCCUGAUAUGGGAACAAAUCCACAGACAAUGGCUUGGAUCUUAGAUGAGUAUUCAAAAUUUCAUGGAUAUUCCCCUGCAGUAGUAACUGGAAAACCUAUUGAUCUUGGCGGAUCCCUUGGAAGAGAUGCAGCUACAGGAAGAGGCGUCCUCUUUGCAACAGAGGCCCUGCUUAAAGAGUAUGGGAAGGGCAUUGCUGGUCAACGUAUUGUUGUGCAGGGAUUUGGAAACGUUGGUUCUUGGGCGGCUCAACUCCUCAGUGAGCAGGGGGGGAAGAUAGUUGCAGUAAGCGAUAUUACAGGAGCUAUAAAGAACAGCAGUGGAAUUGACAUAACAAGCCUACUUAACCAUGUCAAAGAAAGCCGUGGAGUAAAAGGAUUCAGUGGCGGGGAUUCUAUCGAUCCUAAUUCAAUAUUGCUAGAGGAUUGUGACAUUCUUAUCCCAGCAGCUCUUGGAGGCGUUAUCAACAGGGAUAAUGCAAAAGAUAUCAAAGCCAAAUUUAUUAUUGAAGCAGCUAAUCAUCCAACCGAUCCUGAGGCCGAUGAGAUUUUGUCAAAGAAGGGAGUUGUCGUUCUUCCAGACAUACUCGCAAAUUCAGGUGGUGUUACUGUCAGUUACUUCGAGUGGGUUCAGAACAUUCAAGGAUUCAUGUGGGAUGAAGAUAAAGUGAAUGCAGAGCUCAAGACAUACAUGACAAAGGGUUUCAAAGAUGUAAAAGAGAUGUGCAAGACUCAUGAUUGUGAUCUUCGAAUGGGAGCCUUCAGCUUAGGCGUUAAUCGGGUUGCUAGGGCAACGCUUCUCAGAGGAUGGGAAGCCUGAGAAGCUUUUAUUAUUAAUAAAAGAUUAUGGCUCUCAAAAUAAACCCACUAAUUUUCAAGAGAGUUUUGUUUUUAUCUUCAUUUUCAGCCUAUGAAUUCUGCAAUUCGACUGUUGAUUGAACACUCCUAGAAUCUUAUAAUAUGGAAUUUUAGAGGCCUUUUCAUUUAGCUUGAA